ACGGCCUAUUAACAGUCGGUGAAAGGCGUCCCCCUCGGAAGGUUACCGGAUCUACCUCAGCGGUUGAGUUUUUUUUUUAAAGGUUUUUUUAGUGGUUUUCUUCAAACGCCGUCCGUUCUCCUGUGUUCACCGGUGUCCAUCGGCGGGAGUCGAUACUUGCUCGUCGAUUUGUGCGGAUUGCCAUGGUCUGUGAUAUCGGCCGCGCCGGUUGAAGAUAACCGUUGGAAACUCUUAAUUACGCGCGGCUUUGAGGGGAGGAGCAUCCCGUGGGGGUUAGCCGCCCGUAGCGGCCUCAGCAGUGUCCUCGUUGGCGGCCGUGGGGGCAUGCCUCGCGAGCUGGCCGACGUGCAAGUGGUGUCCAGGAUGCCCGUGCCGUCGUCUCACCUGUACUCGUCGUCGCGCUCGUCGCACCUCUACUCGUCCACCUCGUCGCUGCGAUCGACGAGCCUCGACCGGCGCUCGGCGACCCUGCGCGAGAGCUCCAGCUCGUCUAGCUCAUCGGGCAGCAGCUACAUCUCGCGGUUGCCGCCCAGGCCCUCGUUCGAGCACCGAUCCAAGGUGGUGUCCGACCUGCCGCGCCUGUCCUCGCGCGUGGUGCUCGACGUGUCCUCGGGCAGCCGUCGCAGCCUGACGCGUCAGCGCUCGGGGGACGCCAUCUCGGACGCCGGCUCUCCCGUGCUCACCCGCUACCGGGACCUGGGCACCGACUCGCCCUCGUCGCGCGCCAGCUCGCCCGCGCGGCGACUGCUGGACGAGAACUGCAACCGCGCCUCGACCCCGACGCGCCGCCUGGAUUGGAACCACAAUGUGUACAAUGGCAGCGGAAGCCACUCGCUGCCGCCGCCGCCGGACAGUCCCGGCAGGGACUCCGGGGCCUCCAUCUCGCCGGCCUCGUCGCGACACUGGCGGAACCUCGGCUCGUCCACCAGCUCCGUGGACUCGGGAGGUUCCUCGUCGUCUGACUGCUCGCCCGGGCUGAGACGCGCCCGCAGGCUGUCCCUCACCUCGGAGGAAAGCUCAAGUGGGGUCAGUGUCGGGAGCUCACGAUCAAGAGAUCACUUGGACAAGGCUCCACUGGGGCUGCGCAACCUUGGCAACACAUGCUUUAUGAACUCGAUAGUGCAAUGCCUGGCACACACUCGACCCCUGCUCGAGUAUUGCCUGAAGGACGGCUACGUCUCCGAGAUCAACACCAGCACCUCUUCCAUGAAGGGGGCACUUUUUGAAGCCUUCGCAACAUUAAUGAAGUCAAUUUGGAGGAGCAGCAAUGGUGAAUAUGCGAUCAGCCCACAGGCAUUUCGCAGCCAAAUACAGAAGUUUGCACCACGCUUUAUGGGCUACAGUCAACAAGACUCUCAGGAGUUCCUCCACUACCUACUGCAAGGUCUCCACGAGGACAUCAACCGAAUCACCACGAGGCCAAGGCAUCUCACCACCGAGAUAGACGACAAUCUCAGUGAGUCCCAGAAAGCAGCAGAGGCCUGGAAAAGAUAUCUGCGAUAUGAUGACAGCAAGAUUGUAGACUGCUUCGUGGGCCAGCUGAAGAGUACGCUCAAGUGCAGCGUCUGUGGCCACAAAUCUGUGACCUUUGACCCCUUCUGGGAUCUCUCCCUCCCGAUACCCAAGGGCUCGGACCCCGUCACUCUCCAGCAGUGCCUGAGCCUGUUCACCAAAGAAGAAGUGCUAGAUGGCGAUGAGAAGCCUACUUGCUCCCACUGCAAGACCCGUCAGAAAUGCACGAAAAGCUUUACCAUCCACCGGUGUCCAAAAAUUCUUGUGCUUCAUCUGAAGCGAUUCUCUCCCAGUGAAAGGUUUCGGGCGAAGCUGAACACGCGUGUCGAGUUCCCCCUGACGAACCUUGAUCUCUGCCCGUACAUGUCCAACAGUCAUUAUGUGAUGUACAACCUGUAUGCAGUGUCUAAUCACAGUGGUUCCACCUACUCUGGCCACUACACAGCUACCUGCCUGCACCCGAAGUCAGGCGAAUGGCACGAAUGCAAUGACACAAAGGUCUCUGAAGUGAGUGCUUCGCGUGUCGUUUCGUCGGAGGCGUACGUCCUGUUCUACGAGGCGGCCACGCAGUCUUCGCGUCUCUGAGGACACGCCCCCGCAGUGCCCCCUGCCUUCCCGGACAGGUGGCCCACGUGGCGAACGGGCCACCGGGCACGUCCGGGUCACUGGCAGACGCACUGCUCCCUCUGGCAGCCCACUGCCGAGGAGGAAGACGACAACACAGACGCCGCCCGUCCCACUUCGACACAGUCAACGCCUGCAGCCACUCCGCACCGCAGUCGCCAGCGGUCGUGAUGAGCUGCCACCAUCCACGCCACAGAUUCGUCUGGACAGGUCACACAAAAUAACACCGGCUCACAUUCGCCCAUCACCGAGUGCAGCAAGGGCCCUCCCCGCUUUCGAUAAGGACAGCAUUGGUUCCCCGUGCACCAGCCAGGAGUUACAGCAAUGCUACCCUAUGCUUGUGAUCUGCACUGUCAGCUACCCUGUUCUCUUGGGAAAUGUUGGCCCGCUAUGGACACGUACGUGCAUCUGCGCAUGCACGUUGGUGGAACUGACAAGCGAAUGCCAACUGCCCACCCUUCUGCCGAACUUGCGUCCUCUUGUGACAUUGUGGAGCAGUAUGCUCGGAUAUUAUACGUUGCUUUCGUGUUUCUGGUUACCGAGAUGUUUUGAUUGAGUGUAUGUGAACCUCUUUUAGGCUGGCUGUUCACCUUGGUGGGCCAAUUUGCCAUGAAGGAAACGAGGAAGAAAGUGUGGCUGAAAGUUGUAUAGGGCAGAAACGUUUGGUGUUGUCAGGUUGCUCAUUGUGGCGGGUCGCAUAGAUGAACCCUCGAGAG